UUGUAAAGAGUUACUUUGUGUCAUUUGUAAUUUGUGAAAGUUAGUGUUAGUAUUAUGUGGUUGUUAUAAAUUGUAUAAUUUUUUGAAAAUACGUCAAAUAUACGUAUAAAAUGUAUAAGGGUAAACUAUCUAAUCAUUUUGUUGCUUAUGAAGCCAACCAGGACAAAGAAAGGUUGCAAUUGUUUAUCGAACUUUGUAAUAGUUCUAGUGGCUACUUGAUAAGAACAUCUGAUUACACACCUAAAGGCAGAUUUUAUUGCUAUACUAAAAAAGGUAGCGACCUCUACAUAUCAGUAUCUGCCCAAUAUGAUUAGUGAAAGUUCCACGAUGUCAAAAAGUAGACAAAAAUCUACAUCUUGCUGCUUGGCCCUCUUAAAGUACUUCCUUCUAAAUAUUUUACAGAUG